GCGAGCGGUAACGUCGAAAGUUCUGUAAAGAUCAUUCAAUCAGAAAGCUCAAAGGCUCGUCUUCAGUACAGCGACAGUCUACGUCUCAGCGACCAGCUCUACAUAUUCCCCGGCGCUCCCAUCAGAAUCCUCCAAAAUGUCGCUCGUGCGGUUGGCCAACAUCUGCGCUCACUUGCAGAACGUCUCGACGGCCCGCUUGAAGCAGACCUGUAUCCCACAAACAAAAGCAUACCUCGAAGUUUGUCUCGCACUACAACGUCAUGGAUUUAUCUCCUCCAUCACGCGAGGCACGGUGACUGCCCCCGACAAGAUCUACACCCCCACUACCAAACAGAACGUCUCCGGACGCCGACUCUGGCUUGAAAUGAAAUACAGAGACAACGAGAAAGUGCUGUCACAGAUGAAGCUUAUCAGCAAGCCUAGCAAGAAGAUUAUGAUGACGGUGCGGGAUCUGAAGGAUGUGAUCGAGGGAAAGAAGGCAGGGGAGAUUGCGCCGCUGAAUGUGGGCGAGGUUUUGUUGGUGCAGACUAGCCUGGGAGUUAUGGACGCACUGGAAGCUGUGGAGAAGGGUGUUGGCGGAUUGGCAUUGUGCAGGGUGAAUUAAUUCGUGCAAACGUUCGCACUGGUCAUUCGGAGUUUUGGAUUUCAACCUGGGGAAAGCAUUGCUGGGUGUACAUGCAC